AUGGCGGAAAAUUUUAAUAUAAGACGAGAGAGAAAAAGACAGAGAAGAAAUGCUUAUGCCUUUGAACCUGUUCUACAACAGGAUCCACAACAUCAGCAGCAACAACAACAGCAAUUUCAAAGACAGUCUUCUUCUAGUAGUAGUAGGCCUAGCAGGUUAAACAAUACUGACUGGUGCAGAUGCGGAAACUGCAGGCCUAUGCCGAAAGAAAAAGAAUGCCUUUUUUGCCAUGAGGGAGAGGAUUUCAGUAGAAAGAUGACAGACGUCGAUUGCAUUUUGAAGAAUGAAUCCUUCAAAAAGGUCUGUUUGGACAAGGAGAUUUUAGAAGUGGUGUUUGCCUCCAGAAAAGAACUGCUUGGAGAGGGCAUUAAUCAUGAUGAGCUUAAUAACAGGAACUAUCGACAUAUUGGCUAUCGCUGCUUCAUUUGGUGGGUGUAUAACAGGCUGAAGAAACGUGACAGAAGGGUCAUUCCAUCAUGCUCUGUGUGGGCCAUUAGAGACCAGUUCCCAUCAGUUGAUGAAGACUACACUGGGUUUAUUGAUGCUGUAGCAGAUAAUGAAAUGGACUUUGUGUUUGAAUAA